AACCAGAACACACUCCUGCAGGAGGUUGAUGAAACUAAUCUGGCUGCUGCACUGAUAACAAAUCUGGAAAUCACACCCAGUCUGAUGCAUGCAUCUGUCUCUUUUUUAAAUUCUAAUCUGCAAACACUUAGCAGUUCAUGUGUGCUGCUGCUUCACCACCAGCAUCCCCCUCCUCCUGCUCAGGAGGAAGAUGGAUGGGAGGGGACGAGCAGUAAAAAGCAGCAGAGACCCCGCACAGGCUGAGAGGAAAUAAAAAAGAGCUUCUGCAUUGUAUGGAUCUGCUAUCGGAGCGAGGAGGGGCCUGUGGAGGGAGGAGAUUCCUAUCAGUGUGUGCGAGGGCGUGUGCGUGUGCUCGGACUCGCUGAACCUGCGUCUGUCGGGAGGCUUCGGAGCCGCCUGAUGCGCUCGGAGGACGCGGCGCGGCCCAGGAGACGGAGAGAGGGGCGGGAUGGCCGGACGCGCCCUCGGUCGGUCGUGCGUCUGCAGAUAUCCGCCCGGCUCGGCUUGUGUCGGCUCCUCCAGCCCUUCGGCGGUGUCCUUCCUGCGAGGCAGCCCGAACGGCUGCUGCUGUCAGCGCACGUGAGGCUUUUUGCGGUGAUCCGGAGCGGAGCGCAGAGCCACGCUGCUUCACGGUGACACUGAUGCAUUUUUAAACACUUUCACCUUUUGCUGCUGAUGACGUCUGAUGCGGGCCAGUUGUUAUUCCGAGGAAGGACUGAGCAACAUGUAAGGUGAUGCUGCUGCUGCUGCUGCAAGAAAAAAAAAACUAAAUAAGGUCAAGUAAAUAAUUACCAUCAGGAAUGAGGCACCAGACUCCAUAAUGAAGAUUUAUUUACCUCAGCAGCUGCACACAUAUGCAGUGGACAGAAUUUAAUUGGGUGUUUUCGAGGAACAAAAGAGCUGCUCGGACUGUGAAGGGUUGUCAGAAAGAAUGGAUUUAGUGUGAAAAUUACAGUGUGAGUGGAAUUAAAAUCGGAAACGAAGACAAAUAGGGAUUUUGGGGGAUGGAUGAAAGCGGCAGACGCUCUGCUGUUGUGUCUUCCGAGGAGAAAGUUAAUCUCCCUCCAUGUAAGUUUUUUGUCUCCGUCGCGCCAUCAGAUUCUUCCACAUCCCAGCAAACUGGCAAACUGUCAGUUGUUCAUGUCGCUCCGUCUGGUUUCCUUCGUCUGCCGAGUGUCCACUGAAGCCUGACCUCAUGAGCGGAGGCGGCGCCCUGCAGCAGCGCACCACCUACCUCAUUUCCCUCACCCUGGUCAAGGUAGAGGCCGUGGAGGAGAAUGGAGGGGAGGCCAAGACCGGUGCCCAGGGGAAAGAGGUGGAGGCCGAAGGUGGAGCUCUUACACGGGCCGAAAAUGGAGCCGGGGUGGUUUUGGGGCAACCACAAAGAGUCGAGGACGGUGGCGUCAUUGGGAAAGGAGGUGGUGAUGAACUCAAGGAUGGAGACAGGAAGAACCUGAGUCCCCUGACGGACAAACUUCCCCCCAGUGGGAGUGAAAAGCCACUGUGCAACCUCUCAAUCCCACUUCCUGCUGACAGACUCCAGAAGUCUUUAGUCGAGCAGACCACUCCGGAGGCGAAGCAAUGCAGGUCUCCAACGCUGACAACGAUGGAGGCGGUGGAGCCGAGCCGCACCCCGACCAGGACCAGCCUUCCCAUCCGGCCGGCGGGGCAGCGGCCGGUGAGUCUGCUGAAGUCUCACAGCUCUGUGGCCACCCGAGGUCGAGACUCCAGGGAGGGCCGAGAGCGAAGCCCGACGUCGGCCCAGAGCCUCGACCGCAAGGACUGCCGGGUGGUAACACGCUCGCCGGGCCCCUGCAGAGCCUCCUGGGCCGAGGCAAGCCGGCCUGAAGGGUGGAGGGACCUCCGGGACGACGAUCAGGGUGGUGGGAUGCCGCUGGAGAUCGGAGGCGGCAUGGCUGCAGUGAUGAGGGAUAUACCCAGGAAGGAGAGGCUAAAGACAGGGUCGACUUCCCUGCCUGCACCUCCCAGCCAGGCUGCGAAACCGGCACGAAAGGGCAAAAGUCGAACGCUGGAUAACAGCGACCUGAACAGCCUGUCUGAGGAUCUGGGUCUGGCCAGAGAAGCCCAGCAGGCUCAGCAGGGCCAACGAGGCUCCGCAAAAGACCGGAAGAUGCUAAAGUUCAUCAGCGGCAUCUUCACCAAGAGCAGUUCGGGAGCGGCGGGGUCAUCUUCCACAGCACCUCCGGUUUACAUCCAGAGAGACUCCAGUGAGGAGGAAGUGAACAUCGCUAACAGCCAGGAGUGGACGCUCAACAGAACCAUCCCAGAGCUCAGACUGGGCAUUCUGGGAAGUCUGAAGAGCGGCAAGUCGGCGCUGGUGAACAAAUACAUCACGGGCAGUUACGCUGCUCUGGAGAAGCCUGAUGGUGGUCGCUAUAAGAAGGAGGUUCUGGUGGACGGUCAGAGCCACUUACUGCUGAUCCGAGAGGAGCCUGGACCUCCUGAUGCUCAGUUCAGCAGCUGGGUCGAUGCAGUGAUUCUGGUCUUCAGUCUGGAGAACGAGGCCAGUUUCCAGGAGCUUUAUCAGCUGUACAGUCAGCUCAGCUCGUACCGGUCGGACAUCCCAGUUAUCGUGGUUGGAACCCAAGAUAAAAUCAGCAGCACCAACCCCCGUGUGAUCGAGGACCAGCGAGCCCGACAGCUGUGCAUCGACGUCCGUCACUCGUUGUUUUACGAGACCUGCGCCACCUACGGCUUCAACGUGGACAGAGUGUUUUCAGAGGCUGCUCAGAAGAUUGUCGCUCAGAAGAAACAGGCGGCGCUUCAGGCCUGCAAAUCUCUGCCCAACUCGCCGAGUCACUCUGGAGGCUCCACACCUGGAUCGGCUUCAUUCCCCGGACAGGCCGUUAACGGCCCCGGUAGCGGCUAUGCCUACUCCCUUCCCUCCACCCCGGUGGUGGCUCACCGGGAGCUCCGGGUGGCUCAGGGCGAGGGGGGAGGUAGCAUCAACUCUCGCACCCUGAAGGGCAUCCCCAGACGGCCGUCACUCUUCAAGAACCGGGAGUCGGAUAAAAAGGCCGGUGAUGCUAAAGGAGACCUGAGCGGUGUGCGAGGCGUUCCAAUCAAACAGAGCAUCCUGUGGAAGAGAAGUGGCAGCUCUCUGAAUAAGGAGUGGAAGAAGAAAUACGUCACCCUGUCCAACAAUGGCACGCUGUCGUACCACUCCAGCUCCAGUGACUACACACAGAAUAUCCACGGAAAGGAAAUUGACCUGCUGCGUGUCACAGUUAAAGUUCCUGGGAAACGUCCUCCGAGAGCCGUCGCACCUGCAGGCCCCUCACCUGUUCCCCCCAGCUCCACACCUGGAGUCAACGGGCUGAGCAAAGAGCCAGCCGCCGCUGAUAGCACCAGCACAGUUCCCCAGUUAUGUCCAGCCACCCUGUCUGUGGUGGAUGAUCGGUCUGGUGCUUUGUCUCCUCAAGGAGGUGAGAGAGGACUUCAGCGCUGCCCCUCCUCGCUGUCCACUAAAGCACAAAGUGUCGAUGCCCUCGAAGGGACGGCCAGUCCUUUUGCUGGAAAAGACCCCGGCCAGUCGUCUCCCAUGAGCGACAGGAAGAAGAACAGGAGGAAGAAGAGCAUGAAUCAGAAAGGAGAUGCAGCCGUCGGACAGGCUGAAGCCAAACGCAAAAUGUGGAAAUUAAAGAGCUUUGGUAGCUUGAGAAACAUUAAUAAGACAGAGGAAGAGAAUGCCGACUUCAUUGUUGUGUCGUUUACCGGGCAGACGUGGCACUUCGAGGCCCCAAGUCUGGAGGAAAGAGACUCGUGGGUGUCGGCUAUAGAGAGUCAGAUCCUGGCCAGUCUGCAGUCCUGCGAGAGCGGCAGGAACAAGGCCCGGAGGAGCAGCCAGAGUGAAGCUGUAGCGCUGCAGGCCAUCAGGAACGCCAAAGGCAACGGUCUGUGUGUGGACUGUGAAGCACCGAAUCCCACCUGGGCCAGCCUGAACCUGGGAGCUUUGAUCUGUAUCGAGUGUUCGGGGAUCCACAGGAACUUGGGGACUCACCUGUCUCGUGUCCGGUCCCUGGACCUGGACGACUGGCCCGGAGAGCUCACCCAGGUCCUGGCCGCCAUCGGGAACCACAUGGCCAACAGCAUCUGGGAGAGCUGCACCCAGGGCCGGACCAAACCCACCCCGAACGCCACACGAGAGGAACGGGAGUCGUGGAUUCGAGCGAAGUACGAGCAGCGAGCCUUCGUGGCUCCUCUGCAGCCUCCGUCAGGACCUAACCCUCCAGACAACAUGCCGGUCUGGCUGCUGUCGGCCGUGACCGACAGAGAUCUUCCCCGACUGCUGCUGCUUCUGGCCCACAGCACCAAGGACCAGAUCAACGCUCCGCCGGCCGGAUCGGCCUCGACUCGGUCCGCUCUGCACGCCGCCUGUCAGCUGGGAGACGUGGUGAUGACCCAGCUGCUGGUCUGGUACGGCAUCGACGUGAGGGCGAAGGACAACCAAGGCCAGACCGCCAUGAUGAUGGCCAGGAAGACAGGGAGCAAAGGCUGCAUGGACAUCCUGCUCCAGCAUGGCUGCCCCAACGACACGUCACCCACCGCCGCCGCCACGCCCAUCCUCGCCCGCCGCUCCAGCACCGCCAGCCUGGGCCGAACCAGCUCCAGGAAACGGGUGUCGUAGCCUGGACCGGACCGGACCACGUCUAGUGUAACGAUAGUAUGAAGGAUUAAAAACAUGUUUUUCUCAAGACUGAACAACAUAUCAAACAACUUAUAAGCAAUAUCCAUUCAGUUUGUUGAUGACAGACAUAUUGCUGAAAUACUGUGUUGUUGUUGACCUUAUCUCAAAGCGACUCCAGUAGAACUGUAGCUGUCUUCUGCAACUGUAGAGCAGAAAAACUCCAACCUGCUUCUGUUCCACUUCCUCCAGAAGAAGUGCAAUAAUCCGGCUACGAUGACGAAAAGCAACAAGUUUUAGUGUCGAGCGACCGCGCUGACAGACGUGGAGAGGUUGAUGCUUUUAUUCAGAUUUGUUGUGACUGGACCAAAACUGCUUUUUGUUUUCAUUCUUUUUUUUUUUUCCUUUGGCUUUACAAAUAAAACCUACAAUAUGUCAUGUUGUUAGUUCUGUGUCGGUUCGACCAAUAUAAACUGUCUUUCAGUGACGAAUCCGCUGAGAUAAUUCUGCUUAGACUAGAAAAAUGAAUGGUUUGGAAUAUGAAAUAUGUCAGUGUUACAAUCACAGGUCCAACAUAUGCCGUUUUAAUAUACUGUAAAUGUACCUAUACUACAUACUUAAUGUUAAACUGUAUCAAAGACACAACUGAAAAACCAGACUCGAUUUUUGUAAAUGAUUUCUUACUGGUAGUUUUAAACAAUACGUUACUUGAUUUUUCAUUGUCUUUUAUAAUUUCGUAUUCUCCUACAUGUCAUAAAAUAAGAUGGUUUUGCAUACGUGGCUAUUUGUUAAAAGUUUUAUUUGGGAUUUAGCCGAGAGACUUUACAUGGAGACAUUAUUCACGUUCAUAUUACUGUUGUGUAGGUUCGAUCCCAUGAGUUUACAGUGAAGUACGAAGAGGUUACAGGUGUUCUUCUGUGAAUCCCUCAUGAGCUAAAACAAAUGGUUACUGGAAUAAAAUAAACUUUUUUUAAUUAGCAUUAA